AUGGCUACCAUUGAAGCAUCGCGACUCUUCCCCACCGCCGACAAGGAGCAAGACAGUGCCAUUGCCUCGUCUCCCGAAAACGAGGGUGGAUUCCGCAACUUUGUGCGCCGCGUUUCGCACUCGUUUACGCAGAAGGCCGACCCAGCCGCCGUCGAACAGCUCGUCCAGAUGGGCUUUCCCCGUGGGCUGUCAGAGCGCCAGUUGAAUGCGUGCAAUGGCAACGUCAAGCAAGCCGCCGAGUACAUGGUGCACGCCGCCCACCCUCCGGGACCCAAGGAAGACCGCUGGAACCACCCCGACUGCCCCAUUUGUGUUCGCGAAGCCAACAAUGUCCGCAUCGCCAAUGCUCGCGCCCCGUCCCUCGGCAACGUUCUCGAGCGCAUUCGUUCGCGCGACUCGUCUGGCAAGGAGCACGAGCCGACGCACGAGCGCCGUGGCUCUGUCGGCGCCAUGCUGCGUCGCCCGUCCAUCUCUGCUGCGCUCGCCCGCAUGACCUCGCGCGAUGUCCAGCACCCGACCAACCCCGACCACAUCAGCCCGAACCACUAG